AUGGCCGCCUUUGAAUCUCCAACAGCGCUGGUUGGGAACGAGCCGCCAGUUCGCGUUGAGCGUAUCUUCCUCUUGUUGAUCUCCUGGGUCCUCUACAGCAAAGUAGUUGCUAAGAGCGAUGGAGACAAUGGCGAGAUACCAGCUCGGAGUCGACAGGAUUCUCCCUUUGCUUCUCCUUGGAUCCUCAACCUCAUGGAGUUUCUCGUUAGCACCAAGUACCUCAAGGCUGGGAUUCGCGAGUUCAAUAUUUCUCAUGUCCAUCUCGAACACUAUUCCGAUGUCGUGACACUCGAAAGGACUAUCUGA